CUCCAUCAGUGUUUGGCGGUGCGCGGGGGGAGGUGUUGCGGCCGCAAGUUUACAUGAGCUCGUCGAUAUUACCUUGAUACAUCUCCCAAGCAGAGCACCCCCACACCACAGGCCAUGGGGAACCCACUCAAAAACUUUGUAGGGGCCCUCGUUCGACGCAAAAAGGUGACCACCGAAGGGGCCGAGGUGUCCCAACUCAACCGAUGUCUCUCCACAUUCGACCUUACCCUUCUUGGGGUCGGUGGCACACUUGGCCUGGGCAUCUAUGUGCUGGCUGGACAGGUGGCGAGCACCAAGGCAGGGCCAGCUGUGGUGCUCUCCUUCUUAAUAGCUGCUGUGGCAUCCGUUUUUUCAGGUCUCUGCUAUGCCGAGUUUGGCGCCCGUGUCCCCAAGGCCGGAUCGGCCUACAUCUACAGUUACGUCACCGUCGGGGAGUUCAUGGCCUUCGUCAUUGGCUGGAAUCUCAUCCUGGAGUACGUCAUUGGAACCGCGUCGGUGGCCCGCGGCUACAGUGGCUACAUGGACAGUCUGCUCAACCACACCAUUGAGACCCACUUCAGGGAGUGGAUGCCCCUGGGUGUCAGCUGGCUCUCCACUUACCCCGACGUCUUUGCUCUGGCCAUCACACUUUUCCUCGCUGGCAUGUUGGCAAUAGGCGUGAAGGAGUCCACACGAUUCAACAAUGUAUUUACGCUGGUGAACCUACUCGUGGUCGUCUACGUUGUCAUCGUGGGCGCCUUCAAAGCCGACAUCAGAAACUGGCAGCUCAAGCCGGAGGACAUUCCCAGAAAUGACACCGGAGUUGGGGGUUUCUUCCCCUAUGGUGUUGGUGGCAUGCUGAAUGGAGCAGCGUCCUGCUUCUAUGCCUUUGUGGGGUUUGACUGCAUCGCAACAAUGGGAGAGGAGGUGCGCAACCCCCGGCGCGCCAUCCCCAUCGGCAUUGUGGUGUCCCUGACCAUCGUGUUCCUGGCCUACUUCGGGGUCUCGGUCAUCGAGACCCUGGUGUGGCCCUACUGGGACCAGAACGUGUCUGCGCCCCUGCCGUACGUCUUUGAACGGGCCGGCUGGCCCGUCGCCAAGUGGGUCGUCUCCAUCGGAGCGCUGGCCGGACUCUCCACCAGCCUCCUGGGAGGCAUGUUUCCCCUGCCCCGCGUCCUGUAUGCCAUGGGCUCGGAUGGACUCAUCUUCCGCUUCCUGGCCAUCGUGCACCCGCGGCUCAAGACCCCCCUGCUGGCCACCCUGCUCUCGGGAGUCUUUGCUGGUACAAUGGCCAUGAUUUUUAAUGUUGAGGAACUGGCAAACAUGAUGUCCAUUGGCACAUUGCUGGCCUACAGCCUAGUUGCUGUCUCUGUGCUUAUGCUCAGAUACGAGCCCCUUGUUCCCUGCACCAUCACUUCUCCCGACGCUUCCAUGUCAGUGUCUGUCUCAAAACGUAGCGAAAUGUACGAAGUUCCCAGUCAGUCGCACGGUGAAGCGGGCACUUUAGAUAAUGAUGCAAUGGAUUUGAAACCCCGUAGUUCUUUUACAACGAUGUUCAACUCCGACGGCCUCCAGAGCCCUACCAUGGAGACCUCGUACCUUGUGAAAAUUCUCACGCUCGUACUAGGGGUGCUGUUCUGUACGAUGAACGGGAUACUGGUAUUUGCUGAACGCCCCUUUUUCAAUGGAGACCUACCGGUGGUGAUUCCUUUUGCGGGCGUGGCCCUUUUAGCGGUGCUGUGCAUCAUUGUGAUUUCAAGGCAACCAAGUGCCAGCACAGAGUCGCUCUCCUUCGCUGUGCCGUUUGUACCAUACAUUCCAAUGUUCAACAUGUUUGUGAACCUCUACCUCAUGAUGAGACUACCACCCUCCACCUGGGUUCGGUUCAUUGUGUGGAUGGUGCUUGGUUUUCUCGUUUACUUCGGAUACGGUAUCUUCAAUAGCUCCCAGAGAAAGCCGUCGCCGCCGUUUCUCCGUGACGCGGUUUCCGUGGACUCUGUGCUUUCUUCUGACAACCAAAGUGACGGUGUAGCAGGCGGAACCGAAUAAUGACUCAAGACAGUUUUGCUUAGCUGCUGCAAUGCCUGAAAAAAAUUUUGACGAAGUCUCCAGAAAUUGGGAGAAAGACUCAGUUUUAUUGAAUGUAAAAUAUACUCAUUGUAUCUCCACUGACAAGUUUUUGCCAAGUUCUUCUAUGGUGUGACCUUAACUGAAAACGUGUCUUCUCCUCUGGUCCUUGCUUGAGGCCAGGUGCACUGCAAUGUUUCAUCUGACAAGAACAUUUCAAGUUGUGUUUGCUUCUUUUAGUUGAGCAUUUUUAUAAUGUGGAUCACCCAUGUCGUUAUUGGCAAACUGGGAUAAUAUAUGUUGUAUAGUAGUAUUGAUUCAUUAGGGUAUAGUUGUGGUAAAUCGGCCAAUAUUAGUUUUUAUUUGAUGAAACCACUUUUACUGCAGAGAAGCUCAGUAAUGUUUGUUUGUUUUUUCUUGCAUCAGCAUAGUCACUUGUGUCACUGCAGAAUCUGUUGUCUUGUUGUAAAUUUCUCACCAUUUUUCUAACUGUUUUGUAAACUAGCCCAGAAAACCACUCCUCUUCAGACAAUGUUAUUUUGAUGCUAAUGGAAGUGUUUGAUACAAUGGAAAUAUUUGAAACUGGCCAGUGGUUUAUUUGGAUACUUAUCCACUGCUAGUCAUAAUUUUUUUGUGAAGACAUUAACAUUCAUAUUUUAGGAUCCUAUAAUCUUAGAUGGCCCUUGUAUUGUUUGAUAUUGCGGGUUGACAUUGGCAAAUAUAUAUUGAUAAAUAUUUUUUCUUGUGUGAUAAUUUAACGUAUAAAGGAUCAUCCGUAGCACUUUUUGCUGUGCGACGUUUUAAUGAAUGUGAACUCUUUCAUAAUUAUUCUUUCUUUUUGAAUAAAUUUGGACAAAGAAUAUCAGUACAAAAAAAAAAGACCUCAAAGCACUCACAAGGAAGGAAAGUGAGUUUCUAAAAUGGUAAAUAAAUUCAGAAUCUUGGCUUGGUUUUAUCUAUUAGCAUGCAAUGGUUUCAAAGCAUCAAAUUACAUUAUACUUGUCAUCUUUCCUGUGGACAGAUAAUCCAGUAAACACACUUUUACAAUUAAUUUUAAAAAUGCAUGUACGAUAUGUGUAAGUUUAUAUGUAAAGAUGUUUAUGCAAGGGAUUUGUGUCAAAGUUGUGAAACCAUGCUUAGGAGACAUUGUUUGCUGUUAUACAGUGCUUAGUCUUCUGUGAGUUGUGGGGGGGUCUCUACAAGCUGUGGUAAAGGGGAGAGGGGGAGGGGGAGGGAGGGAGUCAUGUUAGAUGCACGCAAAAACAACUUGAUUAAAACGUAUGCAUAAUCCGGCAUUUUCCCCACGAAACCAAACCGUCCAACAUGGAUUCUGGUUAUUUUUGUUGUCAAGAAUUAAGUGUCCCCGAAACAUUCGCCAGUUUGCUCCACACGAAAGCGACGUGGCGACUCAACAGUUUUUUUUCUCUCUAGAAAUUGCUACUCAACAAAGCUUGAAUGGGUAAAAUCCUAUCACUUCUGAUCACAGGAUGGAGUACUUAAGAUUUUUUCACUAACGCCAGGGGGGUCUCGGACCAAGGAGGUCCGAGACCCCCCUGACUUCAAGCACUGCUGUUGUGUGUUUAUUAUGCCAGGAAGUCAUGUUCAUUCUGUUUAGAAUAUGUUAAUCAUGUAAGGAAAACAUCAGAACACUCAUUUUGUAUGAGGACCUGAGCCGUACUGGAUUUUGGUUUACUAUGAUUGAGACGCAGAAUAUGUUUGCUCUUAUUAGAAAGUUUUCUUGAGUAGCCCUUCAGUGUUGGGAAUGCAGUUCUUAGAUAAUUUGCUUCAGCUUGGGGCAUAUAUUCCGGAAAAGGUUAAUGUGACCGUGUAUAUUGUGAUGGACACUGUUUUUUUCAUGAUUAAGGGGUUAUUUUCAUUUCGUCACACUGCCUGGUUGCUGCUGGUUUGUCUCUAGUGUCUAGCCUGGGUCCAGGCAUUUCACUGAACAUGCUUCAUCGAACGCCGUUUUAUUGAAUGCCGUUUUAUUGAACGCCGUUUCAUUGAACGCCGUUUGAUCGAAGUCGUUUUAUCGAACACCACCCACUUGAGCAGAAGGGAUUCUACACAUAGGAAAUAAUUUUUUAUUUGCACCCUGUGAAUAGCAGUGUUAUAAUAUUGGUUAUAAUUUGUAAGCUUAUAAAUUUAUUAAAAAAAACUUUUUUCCUAUUUUUUAUGUUUUCGAGUAAAUGAUGACUUCUGUUGUAAAAAAUGCGAACACUGACGACACUUUUUAAACCUCUGAACAUCGGGUGCAAUGAUGAACGCACGUCCGUUCAAGGGCGUGUCUUCGUCGUGGAAGAGACGCAUUCUGCUUGAAGACUGUUUUUGAAGCAAUGGUCUGUUUCCAUGUCGCAUAAUGCAGAAGACCUGUCUCCCCUCUUUGUUAACUUAUUGUAACCGACAGAACCGUGGACCUGCCGAACUUUCAAAAUACAAUGUACGUUCUUAAAAAAAAAAAAAAAAAAGAAAAAUGCUUUUUUGGGAUAGAAUGAAAAUACUGCGGAGAAUAACUGAUUCCCUCUUCUGAAAGUGACUUUCACGCGUGAACACGGGGAUGAAGUGGGAAAAAGUGUGUUUAGUCGCGUACCCACUCAACUUUUGACAUGACAGUUAACUUCUAUAAUUCAGUAACCAACAUUUAGUUAGAAGACAAUUGAUAGGGGUAGUAAUUCUAUUUCUGGUGAUUCGAGAUCGGCGUCAUAUCUAUUUUAUAAACAUAGUAAAUUAUGUAAAGAGUUGUAAUACUCCAAAAUUUAGUAAAAGUAAAUUCGAUGGAACUGCGUCAAGCGCGAUUCGAUGAAACGGGGUUCCAUGAAUUUGCGUUCGAUGAAAUGUCCACUUUUCGGUGAAAUGGCGUUCGACAAAAUGUCCGGAACCCUGUCUAGCCACCCUUACAUUACUCGUACUCAUCAGUUCAAUGUGACGAAAGUCGUUUCGAAUACAGACUUCUCUGUUCGUGGUACUGACAAGGGGUGGACAGAACCACCCACCCCUUUCUCUUCUGCCUACACCACUGUCAUGAAAAGUAUGCCGAUUUUUAAAAUAUGUAAUUCAUUCGUGGACUACACAAUGCUCUAUAUUGUAAAUAUGUGCCGAGAUUGCCAAAGAGAAAAGGUUUGGCAUAAAUUUUAUUUCCAUAGUUC